AUGAGUUCGAUUCCAGCUUGGAAGAGAGCUGGUCUUAGUGUUCGAAAUAAAGACACUGAAGGCGAUUUACUUGUCACCAAAAGAAUAGAGACUGCGGAUCUAACCAGUAAACAAAUUAAACGAGAAAGUAAUAAACGCAAAUUGCAAGAUGAUGCUAAGAAUAAGAAGGAUAAGAAACCGCCAAAGAGGAUAAAAUUGCCUAAAAGUGAGAGGAAACCACCACCGGUGAAGGAUCAGCUUAUCUAUCUCAAACAGUUUGAGCUGGAUAGGUCUAAUUGGAAAUUUAGCAAGCUGAAGCAGAAUUGGGUUUUGAAAAAUAUUCAAAAUAUACCCAAGGAUUAUGAGCUGGCAUUGGUGUUGUACUUGGAAAGCAUCCAAGGCGGGUCAAGAGACCGGUUGGUUGAAGAGUUAAGGGGGAAUAUUGAGAGGUGGAAUACAAAGUAUGAGGAAAUGGAGAGAAAAUUACUUGCUGAGGAGGGAGAUGAGAAACAAGAGAUAGAGAUAGAGACAGAGAAAGAGACAGAGAAAGAGGCAGAGAAAGAGACAAAGACAACAGAGGUAAAGGCGCAGAAUGAAGCUAAAGAAGAGUUGAAUGUAGAAAGCGUGCGGAGAUUCAAAGUCAUUCUUGAGACUUUGGUGGAUGAGAAAAUAGUGGUGAAGGGUGAAGAGGAGGAGUCUCGGGAUACAGAAACCAAUAGAACUCACCAACAAGAGGAGUCUCGGGAUACAGAAACCAAUAGAACUCACCAACAAGAGGAGUCUCGGGAUACAGAAACCAAUAGAACUCACCAACAAGAGGAGUCUCGGGAUACAGUUUCUCACCAACAAGAGGAGUCUCGGGAUACAGUUUCUCACCAACAAGAGGAGUCUCGGGAUACAGUUUCUCACCAACAAGAGGAGUCUCGGGAUACAGUUUCUCACCAACAAGAGGAGUCUCGGGAUACAGUUUCUCACCAACAAGAGGAGUCUCGGGAUACAGUUUCUCACAAGCAAGCCAAAAAAAAGAAGCAUUUGAAUAAGCACGACCAACUAGAGAAAGGAAAGGGCUCUAAACAGAAAGACACCCAAAGAAAGACCCAAAGUUCAAAGGCCAAUGGCCAAUCAAACCUCAUAAUCAACGAAAUUGAUGUUUCACCUCUAUAA